UGCAGUGAGCUUUCAAUCAGGAAAUUGAAGACGUUUUGCAUCUGGAGUACUUUUGAAGACACCAGCCAGGGGACAAGUUCAAGCACAGGGCAUGAACUCACACAGCGGGCCCGGCCGUGGGAGAAGAGGAGACGGAAAACAGUUCCAAUAAGGCUCAUCUGCUUUAUCAGGAUGGGCUGCGCUGGCAGUGGCCAGAAACGAGUAAACGAUGACACGUUCUACAAAGGAAAACACAACUUUGAGGCCUCCAACUCGUCAAAUCACAUAGCACGAUGUGGAAACACCUAUGUGGAUAACGAUGAAGUGUUUGUGGCACAACAUGACUUCACAGCGACCAACAAGAGCGACCUACCUUUCAAAAAGGGAGACAAACUUAAGGUUUUGCAAGAAAACGGAGAAUGGUGGGUGGCGAAAUCGUUGGCGACUGGACAGGAGGGCUUAAUACCGUGUAAUUAUGUUACCAGAGCAGAUACACUGGAGGUGGAAAAAUGGUUUUUCAGGGACAUGAGUAGAAGAGAGACUGAACGACUGCUUUUAGUGCCUGGAAAUAAACCGGGUGCCUUCCUAGUUCGAGAGAGUGAGACCUGUAAAGGUUCCUUCUCACUGUCAGUCAGAGAUCAUGAGACAGAACAAGGAGAUGUGGUAAAACACUACAAGAUCCGCUGUUUGGACAAAGGUGGAUACUACAUCUCUCACUCCAACUCCUUUGCAUCCCUACAGGAACUGGUCAAUUACUACACUCGUACGGCAGACGGUUUGUGCCAGCGGCUGUAUGCUCCUUGUAAGGUUAAGGCACCCGAGCAGCCAUGGGCACACGACGAAUGGGAGAUUCCCAGAGACACCCUGAAAAUGGUGAAGAAGCUGGGGGCCGGGCAGUUUGGAGAAGUGUGGAUGGGUUAUUAUAAGAAUACCCAGAAGGUUGCUGUUAAGACCUUGAAGGAGGGAACGAUGGAGCCAGAGGCCUUCCUGCAGGAGGCCAACCUGAUGAAGCAGCUGCAGCAUGAACGACUGGUGCGCCUCCACGCUGUGGUCACCAUAGAGCCCAUUCUUAUUGUCACUGAGUUCAUGGUCAAUGGAUGUCUUCUGGACUUUCUGAAAUCAGACGAAGGACAAAAGCUAAAGAUAAACAAGCUGAUAGACAUGUCAGCGCAGGUAGCUGAAGGCAUGGCGUACAUCGAAAAGAAGAACUACAUCCACCGAGACGUGCGUGCAGCCAAUAUUCUGGUCAGCGACAACCUGCACUGCAAGGUAGCAGACUUUGGCCUGGCCAGGAUCACUGAGUCAGAAUACACAGCUCAAGAAGGUGCCAAAUUUCCCAUCAAAUGGACGGCUCCAGAGGCCAUCAAUUUUGGCACAUUCACCAUUAAAUCGGAUGUGUGGUCCUUUGGCAUCCUGCUCACAGAGAUAGUCACCUAUGGAAGAAUACCCUACCCAGGAAUGACCAACCCAGAGGUGAUCAGGUGCCUGGACAAGUCGUACAGGAUGCCGUGUCCGGACGGCUGCCCCGAGGAACUCUAUGACAUCAUGCACAUGUGCUGGAGGGAGAGGCCCGAGGAGCGGCCGACUUUUGAAUUUCUGCAGAACACUCUCAACGACUUCUUUAUCGCCACGGAGGGACAAUAUGAGAUGCAGCCGUGAUUAAAUAAAAGGUUUCCUGUUGAUAAUCAGAAGACAGCAAAAUGUCCUCAACAGAGAUGUGGGACUUGAAUGGAUAGCGGAUGAGGACGAACCAAAAGUGAUACAGUUUGGUUUGUUUAAACAUUUAAAAUGGACACGUAUUUUAAGCCUUCCUUUUGAGUGAAUGUAAAAGCUAUUCAUAGCUUCCUCUAUCUAGAGCACCUAAGAAUAUUUGAAACAUUUUAAAGUCAGAAAGGAUUCCGUUCUGAUUAGGACUGAUGUACGAUGGUACGGAAUAUGGAAAUACAAUUACUUGCAUGAUAUAAAAUGGCUUUUGGACCCGAGGAAGUCAAGUCGGCACAGGUAAAGUCACAGAUGAAACAUUUGAUUGGUACACAAACAAGCAGCCUGAGAUUACAUGCACAAUACUUUGCACUUUUUUAAAUUCCUUCAGUCAUGCAGCAGGUACAUAAAAAAGAAGGAGGCUUUUUAAUGAGAAUUUAUACUUGCAUACAUGUUCUUCAAAUAAAAAUA